GCCUGUGGUGUUGACACACUACAGAAGGUAUGUUUUGCUGCUGCUCCUGAAGCUCUGACAUCACCCAGUGAAAUAGGAAACAUUUCAGGGAUGGGACGGCUUGUAUCUGUCACUUGGGCUCUGCCGUCCGUCCACGCUUCUGGAGUCACAGUGAAUGAUGAAGUCAUCAAAGUUUUUAAUGAUAUGAAAGUCAGGAAAUCUUCGACGCAAGAGGAGAUCAAAAAAAGAAAGAAAGCUGUUCUCUUCUGUUUAAGCGAUGACAAAAGACAAAUAAUUGUAGAGGAAGCGAAGCAGAUCUUGGUGGGUGACAUUGGUGAUACUGUAGAGGACCCCUACACAGCUUUUGUGAAGUUGCUACCUCUGAAUGAUUGCCGAUAUGCAUUGUACGAUGCCACAUACGAAACAAAAGAGUCUAAGAAGGAAGACCUAGUAUUUAUAUUCUGGGCGCCUGAAAGUGCACCUUUAAAAAGCAAGAUGAUUUAUGCUAGCUCUAAAGAUGCCAUUAAAAAGAAAUUUACAGGUAUUAAGCACGAGUGGCAAGUAAAUGGCUUGGAUGACAUAAAGGAUCGCUCGACCCUGGGCGAGAAAUUGGGAGGCAAUGUUGUAGUUUCACUUGAAGGAAAACCCUUAUAAAAUGACAGUCUAGUGCCAUCUGGAUCUUAAGAAGCUUCUGUUUCUACAACCUUGUCAAUUGGAAUAGUAUUGGUGUUUUUUUGUGUAUUUUUUUUUCUUCCUCCCACUGGGUCCUUCACCACAGUGAAGGAGGGAAAUAUCAUUCAUGUAAGCAGCCUAUCGGUCGUUGCCUUUAGACUGUUCGUUUUAUGUAGAACCCAAGGAAUGCCUUCCCAUCAUACUUUAGCCAAAAUGACUGGUUAUAUGCCUUUCUUGAAAUGAACACUACAAUGAAUGUGAUUAUCAAUGUGAAUAGCUUAGAUUACUGCAAAGGGUAAGCUAAUUGAAUGCCUUGAAAGUAUUAUCCACUGGCCAGAUGGUAAACUUUAUUCAGUAUUAUUAUUCAGUAUUAUUUAUAGUUACACUUGAUUACAGUUUUGUGAGGCUCAAGCUUCCGUACACCUCACCUACCUUGGUAAGCCUAUUUUGUGAUGUGGCAGCACAGAUAUAACACUAUGCAUUGAAAGCACUUUUUUUUUUUUAAAUAAGUUUAACUCAUCCACUCCCAAAAGAAAUGCCAAUUAAGUUGUGUUAAUCGUGUCAUCAACUUAUCCUAGUACCUCAGUGUUCAUUUCUGUUACCUGCAUAUCUUCUUAAAAGAAAAAUUAGUGCCUUUUUGUUUUCCAUUGAGUGUACACACUACUGAGGAAGUGUAAGAGUUUUAUGUUUACCAUGUAAGUCUUGCAACACUAAAGAUAUUCUGAGUAUUGGUCAUGAUGGCAAUUUCUGUAUGAAAGAGCCUUAAAUGGAACAUUGUGGUUUUUUUUUUUUUUUUUUUUUUUUUUUGAGAUCAAGCACACCCACAGAAAUGGCCACGGUACAAUAAAAAUUGUGGCAUAUUACAGAAUGUUGCCUUGUUUUCCUUGGACACUGCAAAGGGUUAAGUGAAGCAACUUCUAGGGUAAACAGCUAUUAGUAAUUUCAGCACUGGUCAUUUAAGGGUUUUGUUUUUUUUAUAUAACAUUUACACAUGCUGCUUUCCAGUUUGCUAGGUUUAUUUGGUUUUAAAAAGUAUUCUAAAGCCAACUAAUAUAAAUACUAUUACUAUAGAGAGAGAUAACUUUUUGUAAGCAUUAAUUUAUUUCCUAUGUAUUAAUAUGGAGGUCAGGAAGUUGGUUUUUGAACAUUGGCACAAAAACUGAUCAUUUAACUUGUGCUCUGGAUAAAUUAGGUACUUUUUAGUUUGUUUUUGAGUAGUUUAGUAGAAGAGGCUCUUUUAUUUGCUCAUAAUGAAACUGAUUUGCAAAAUAUAGUUUGAAAUUUAAUAACCCAUGUUUAGAAGCGUUAGUUAUUCAAAAAUGGGGGGGGGUAGGCGAGGUAUAGCAGUCUUAAAUAGUAGUGGGACUUGGCUUGGGUCAGUCUGCUCUCCUUAUAGAGAAUUUGAUCUGCUCAGUGUGAGCAGUUUGCUGUUAGCCAGAUCUAUUUAUGGCAAACACAUGCUUUUGUAUCUUGUCAUAGUUAUCCACAAAUGGCAAAACUGGACUGGAUUCCACUGGUAUGCAAAACAGGCAUGGUAGUAAAAACAGUCAUGGCUUAGAACUUAACCCCAUCGCUCUGAAAAAUGCUCUUUCAAAAAAUGAGAAAUGAAAACCCUUUGUAAAAAAAAAAAAUAGAUCAAAGUAAGCACUUAAUUAGAUUUUUUCCAUUAUUUUUCAAAGAUCUGAAAAGGUAAAAACUCAAAGUUCAAUGUCUAGGCUUCCACUUAAGUUUAUAUAAAUGGCUUGGCAUCUUUUCCACUGAGCAUUUUUACUUCAGACUUCGAACUGUCCCUGUGAGUCAUCCCAGGUGUUUGGUAAGGCAGAACUCAAGUAAACCAUGGGAAUACUGUUGUGUACUAAACUGUAUAUGUAACUGAUACUUGUACUAUGGAUUUUUUUUUAUUUCCUUAUUCUAAAAAGUAAGGGAUUCUAAGUUAACUAAGUUAUGUCAUAUCUUUUAUUUGAACACCUGAUUUCCCAACUUUCUUAUGUACUUUAAUAUUCUAUAAUAACUUCAGAGAUAAGCUUUAAGCUUUGGUACUUUGAUUUGUUAGAUUGACAGAACUGAUACUGGCAUAGUUCAUCUUUGAAAUGCAUCUUUGUGCAUAAAGCCAAGAAAAUAAAAUUUACAGUUCAUGUGUAUUUGAGACAAAUUUGACAGUUGGAAUGAUCGGUUUAUUUUACAAUCAUUUACAAUGAUACAAUGUUUCAGUUAGCUUUAAAGGUGCUAAUUAGUAAAAUUGAGGAUAUUUGAAAAAAAUACUGAGAAACUAUUUUACCGCUAGCUUGCAAAAUUUAAAAAAUAAAAUAUAUGAAAAUA